CGCACAGCGGGAGCGGCGGUGCUAGAGGAGCUGCGCGGCGGAGGCGCCUCUCCCGCUCCGUCUGCCCGGCGGCCCGCAGCCGUCCCUCGGCCCGGCCCUGCAACCCUCGUUUCGCCGCGGCACCGCCGGAGGAAGGGUGAAGGAGCCGCUGCCGCGCAGCUCGCCCCGAAGGAAAGCCCACCAUGUCGCGGCCGCUCCCGCUGAAUCCCACCUUCCUACCUCCCACCUACGGGGUGCUGAAGUCCCUGCUGGAAAACCCGCUCAAGCUGCCGCUCGCUCACGAAGACGCAUUCGGUAAAGAAAAAGACAAAGAGAAGAAGUUAGAGGAUGACAGCACCAGUACCACAGUCCCUCAGUCUGCUUUCUUGGGCCCGACAUUAUGGGACAAGACGCUGCCAUACGAUGGAGACACUUUCCAGUUGGAAUACAUGGACCUGGAAGAGUUCCUCUCAGAAAAUGGCAUUCCACCCAGCCCAAACCAGCACGAGCAUAGCCCACACCAGCCAGGUCUGCAGCAAGCUACCUCAGCAUCCCCUUCUGUCAUGGACCUCAGCAGCAGGGCUUCUACUUCAGUCCACCCAGGCAUGGUGUCGCAGAACUGCAUGCAGAGCCCGGUCAGACCAGGUCAGAUCUUGCCAACAAACCGAAACACACCGAGUCCUAUUGAUCCGGAGACCAUCCAAGUUCCCGUUGGCUACGAACCUGACCCUGCAGAUCUUGCUCUUUCCAGUAUUCCUGGCCAGGAGAUGUUUGACCCUCGUAAGCGCAAAUUCUCUGAAGAAGAGCUGAAACCACAGCCAAUGAUUAAGAAAGCUCGCAAAGUCUUCAUUCCAGAUGACCUGAAGGAUGACAAGUACUGGGCAAGGCGCAGAAAGAACAACAUGGCUGCCAAGCGGUCGCGGGACGCGCGCCGGCUGAAGGAGAACCAGAUCGCCAUCCGCGCCUCCUUCCUGGAGAAGGAGAACUCGGCGCUCCGGCAGGAGGUGGCCGACCUGCGGAAAGAGCUGGGCAAAUGCAAGAACGUCCUGGCCAAGUACGAGGCUCGGCACGGCCCCCUGUAAAGUCACGGGAGGGGAGUGGGGUUUUUUUUUUUUUUUUUUCUUUUUUCUUUUUUUUUUGUUUUGUUUUGUUUUGUUUUGUUUCGGUUGCGGGUUGGCAUUUGAAUAGAUGGACAAUGUGUUUCCUGUUUGAUAGCACCACGCCCAAACCAACCUUUCUGUCUUCAGCACUUUACCAGAAGCAGAAACAAAACUGACUUAACGUUAUUUUGUUGUUGUUGUUUGCGUGUCCCGGCGUGUAUGUGUGCACGUGUGUUCACACGUCCGUGUGCGCGUGUGCUUGCACGCGUGUGUGUGCAUGUGCGUGUGAGCGUGUGUGUGUGUGUGCGUGCGCACGCAUCUCAGCACUUCCCAUUUUUACGAAGCCCUCUUCGAAGGGUGCCACAUUUUUACCUGGACUGUUGAGGACCGCCAUCGUAAGCUUUUUAUUGUAUUUUUUCAGUGCUGCUUCGGAUUAGGGUUUUUAUGUUCUUGUAACCGGUUCCAUCCUCCUUGACUCACUUGGAAAGAUCCCAGUAUAAAUUAUAUAUUUAACAAAAAAAAAAAAAAAAAAAAAGGAAAAAAAGAAAAAAGAAAAAAAAAAAGUAGAUCUCAGUUUUUCGAGAGUAACGAGCUGUCGUUUAAGUACGUCUAAUCAGAAAAGUUAACAUGCUAAUAAAGUGCACAAAUAAUAAUUUAGUACUACACUGCAGAAAUAUUAAUUUAUAGAUUGCUUUUGUUGUAUUUUAAGUUCUGGUGAUAAUUGUCUUCGGAUUUAAAGUGCUGUUAGACUGAGUUAGCUCGACUCAUUAUAGAUCCCGUAAUGGCUUCUCUGUAGCUAUUAAGGUUCCUUUUAUUUCCACGGACCCCAGGUAGGUAGGAGUACUAUUGAUAGACCACGGAGUGUGUACCUUGCACUGUCUGUACCUGAAGCAAUAAUCCUGUUGUACGCUAGCGCGCAUGCUGCCUGGAUGUUCCUAGUGGACGUAGGAUGGUUUCCCUACCCAACAGGAGUUUUCAUGUCUUUAACAAAAAAAAAAACAUUAAAAAGUAAAAGACACAUUCAUGUGAGCAUGCUAACUGUAUCCCUGCCAUAGGGAGCGCAUGUAUAGGAAGCAGGAUAAUUAGCUGCAACAACGAAAUUAAUAGUGUCAAAUCAGAUCUGGCGUUGAAAUCAGAGGGGCUUUUCUGUUUUCAGUUAGUUAUGAGUUCCAUUUUGUGAUUAAAAAUUAAAUUACCUGCAUUGAGUUGUUUUUUUCCCAUGUUGUGUAAUAUAUUUUCUGUGGAUUCUAUCUUGCUGUUCUAAAAAUCACUUUAAUUCAGUUAGAAGAAGUCACUGGUUUGCAAAGCCCAUUUUUCCUAGUGAUUGUUGUUUUGAGUGUGACAUGAACUGAUGGUUCUGAAUUCUGUUGUUUUAAACUCUCUUUGCUUUUGAACACUUAUGUUCGAAUCUAAAGUGGACUUCUGAGAAAUGAAUGUAAGAGACACUGGUGUAUUUCAGAGGGGGAUGGUGUUGUCGUAUACUGUGGUUAAUCCAAUCAAUCUAAGUGUUUACUAUAGACCAAAAGAACAGAUAUUAUAAAAUGUAUAAAGUUUAUACAGAAUAAUUAUAGUAUGUUUGUUUUGUACAGUAUUUUUCAAGUACAAAUACCGACAGUGUAUUUUGAAAGACAUAUAUUAUAUAUAACAAAGAGAAAAAGCUAUUCCAUGUUAAAAAUAUAUAGCAAAGAUGAUAUAUAUUCUCCAUUAUUGUACAGAAAGGAAACGCUACGGAGGUUGUUGGUUGGUUUUAGUUUUUGUUUUGUUAAUCUCUGAUAUUUUAAGCCUACCACUGGCACGCUGGCAUGUUCUGUGCUUUAAAUUAAAUUGUUAUGGAAGUAGUGUGGCUUUCCAGGCUGCUCGGUGUUCCUGAGGAAGAGAGACUUCGCUAUUUUCCAUCGGAAACAUGUAGCGGUUCUGUUUCAUGGGGACAAAGCACAAUAUGGAUUUUAGGCAACUAUUGAUUGGACAGCACAGUUUCUAAAGGCAGAAAAAUAGCACGUAACCCAAAAAAACCCAACUCGGUCAUUUCUAAUCUGCUGCUGCUGCUGCUGCUGCUAGAAUCUGUUUCCAGGUGAUUCUUUUUUAAUAAACAGCUCAGUUCAUGUAUGCAGUUCCGUGUAGUGCAUGUGGUUAUUCACAUGUGAGGAAGAUUCGGUGCUACAUGUCUUGCUCACCGUUUUCUGAGCGUUUUGGCAUUGUUUUCAAAUACAAAGGUUGUUCAUUCCAUUAAGUAACGAUUCACGCUUCAGGAGAUUGCUACAAAGGGCCCCGCAUUUUGCUCAGCAUUACAAGUAUCUGUGCACUAUUGAUGUUGUCCCAGUGCUUUUCCUCAGACAGACCCAGCGUGUCCCUCCCCUCCGGGCCAUUCACUCAGUGAGCAGAGUUUCCAUGUGCUGCAGCGAGGCUUGGAGUGCAGCAAGUUGUUUUCUAGGGGUCAGUGCAAGGCACCAGAUGCAUGGGUACAGAAGCAGGGGGCAGCGGUCGGUGCAGCUGAGCCUUUCCUCGUCUGCUCUGUGCACUAGGAAGCCACGUUUGUUUCCCUGUGGUGCUGCGUGGCAGUGGUGGGGCUCCCCAAGCAGCCACUGCCACGGAUGCAUCUUCAGCAGCAGCGCAGCGAGCAGCAGCAGUUUCUCAUCACCAUCCCUGUGAGUAUUCUUGGAGUGGUGCCUGAAAAGGGGAAAUGGUGGAAAUGAAAUCAGCUGGUACGGAAAUGGCUGCAGCCAUGGGUGCGCUGCACUGUGACCGCAGAGCGCUCUUGGAAGGAGCCCGAGGGCCUUGGGCACCCACCCCGAGCUCUGGGAGCCGUGGGAGCUCGGUACUUGGGCUCGCUAGGAAAGGGAAUGCUCAUGGCCUAGAGUCUGGGAAGGACAACCAGGCUGUCUCCCCAGGAUGACAUAAACCAGCAGAAAAUGGGGCUCCUUUUCAGGCCCUAGGGUCAGCUCAGCUGCUAUCAUCACACCGCCAGCGGCUCUGAAGGAGCUUGCAGGCACAAGAAAUUCCCGUUUUAUAAAAGUAGAAAUAAAUGUGUGUGCAGAAUAAAUACUAGUGCGUCUAAAGGAUUCACUGACCUCUCCUAAAAACGUAAGCAUGGGUAAGAUGCUUAUUUUUUUUCCUCUGGGUCUUAGAAGUGAAUUCUUUCUUUUCGAGAAGGAAUAUCCUCUAAAAACAAAUCGAAUCCGAGAUGCGUUUGCGAACGCCUUGGGAGCCUGCUUGGGAAAGCGUGUGGCAGAGGGCACGGGGAGCGCUGCUCUUCCUUUCCCAGUGGUGCCAUGGAGUCCCGGAACCUGGCGCCGUGGCAGCACCGCUCUGACUUGAACCCACAGAAGCCAGGAGCUCAGCAGGCGCUGGGUGCAGCAAUGCAGCACGGAGCCGCGCGCCGACAGCUCCCCGGCCUUGCAGCAUCCUGCCUCUGUGGGUUUGUAAUCACCCCACUUAUUGCUUCAGAGCUAUUUUUGCAUGUGACUUACCAUAGGGAUGUGCAGUUUAUUUUUAUUUUGUUGAGGUUUUUUUUUUUUUUUUUUGGUUUUCUUUUCCGAUGUCGAGAAGGAUAUAUAUAUAUAUGUAUUAAAACAAGUGAUCAACCAUUGUAUUUCUGGCAACACCACAAGACAGCAUCUGUUUAAAUACAAGUUUAAUAAGAUCAAAUUAACUGUACGACAUGAAAUGGAUUGCAUCCUGUAUGCUGUUCGGCCCAAAUUUUAUUUUGUUUUAUUUUUUGUCUGUUAUUCUCAAUGUUUAAUAAACUUUUAAAUUUGUCUUCU